GUCAUGGUCAUGCAGGUCAUGUCAUAGUGGUCGAUCAUAGGAUUUUACCGGAAUGUUAGUGGUUAAUUAAUAUUGCAUUAUUGUUUUAAGUAUAAUAAAGACAAUGGCGUUGGGAUUAAGGCAUAUUUCAAACAAAUUUGUUAAUAUAACCGGCCUCGUAGGAUCUCGAAAAAGCAUUGCUAACGCCGAGAAAAUAUCUAUACAAUUUUCACAAUGUGAUCAGUAUUCAACAUUAAUUAAUACCAAAGUAUAUUGUAACGAGAAGAAAAACGGAACAAGUCGGCCAAGUAUAACUGACAACAGGGAAACACUGUAUGAUGAAGUAACAAAGGAAAAUGUCUGCAAUAUAACGAGCAGUAUGGCGAAUAUAGGUAAAAAUUAUCAGAGUUCUAGCUUUUGUAAUGCCUCGCUGGCUAAAGAAAAUAGUGACAAAUUUAGUGAAGAUUCAAGAAGUUCCCAUUCAAAUAAACCCAGUCCAGAGAAACUGAACCACGUAUACAAUAUUCUUGGCGAAACGCUACCCAAGAUAUUUAUUCAACCUUUAGAUUACAGUAUAUACCAUCCAGAUGUAGUAUUCGAGGAUCACAUAAGGAAUAUAAGGACAGAAGGACUUUACAGUUACGUUAAGCAAGUGGCAUUGUUGAGAACAGUUGGACAUUUAAGAUUCGCUUAUGUGAAAUUUGAAAUUCUGAAAAUCACGCAACACCCUGAAGAUUCCACGGUGAAAGUGAGGUGGAGAAUUAGGGGCGUAUCGGGUCUGAGGGUCAUGUUGUUGUUUUGGAAGUUCCGGUUGUGGAACUUUAGACAAAUGGUGGAUGACAAAUCUGAGAACUGGUAUGACGGGUUUUCUACGUUUUAUGUGAAUUCUGAGGGACAGAUUGUGAAGCACGUAGCAGAUAAGAUGAUGCCAGACUCGGAUUCCGUGACAGAGCCGUCUAAACUUGGCGUUGAAGCCGCCAAGCUGGCCUUGCUCAUGGGGGUAAUUCCGAGGUUUUCAGAACUCACCUCGUUAGUGUAAAUCAUGCAUUUUAAAUCGGUGUAAAAUUAAAUUUAUUUAUUGUAAUUGUAAAUAUAAAAGCGUAGUUGUCGUUCCAACAGCACUCUGAAUUUUAUAUAUUAUCGUGAAAACAAGUUUCUUAAAUAUUUAUUAUUUAUAUCUGUUAAAAAAGUUUAA